AUGGGACCCAAUUCCAACACCAAAAUAUGGUUGGCCAUCUUGACCCUCCUCACUCUCAUGAUCAGCGUAAGCGAUGCCGAACUCACCACCAUAGCCCUCAAAGCAGACGCAGCAGUGGAAACUGUCUGGGUUACAGUGGAGGCUACUGCACGCGCAACACCUACUGCACCAAUGCACCCAUCCUAUACAGACCCCGCCAUUCUUCAGAAAGAAGUGCUGGAAGUCUCAAACGAGUACCGCAAGAAACAUGAUGCCAAACCCCUGAUAUGGAACGACACCCUCACCCAGUACGCAAAAGCAUGGGCGGAGGCUUGUAUCUGGAAACAUUCGCACGGCGCCUUCGGCGAGAACCUAGCAUAUGGAUUCGGAAACCUUUCCGCCGCCGUCAUCGCCUGGGGCGAAGAAGGCAAGCUAUAUGAAUACGAUCCACCGAUGGGCAGCACCGAGGAAACGGGCCAUUUCACCCAGCUUGUCUGGAAGGCCUCGAAGCAGGUUGGAUGCGCCGCUUACAACUGCGGGUAUACCGAGCCGGGGAAGAAGACCGGCGACAAAGGCGAGCUACGCGCUCAGGGGUGGUAUGUUGUUUGUGAAUAUUCGCCUCAUGGGAAUAUCGUUGGGGAUGACAAUAAGUAUUUUAAAGAGAAUGUCUUGCCGAUGGAUACUAAGGUUGCUUCGGCGUUGGAGGCUUCGAAAACUGCGGCUGCGACUGCGACUGCCAAUACGGCUGGGGCUCAGGGUUCGCACACUGGUGGUGCUAUGCGGUUUGGAAUGGGCUCGACAGUGGGGGUGAUGCUUGUUGCCUUGGGGACUGUUUGUGUUGAAAUGGUGAUUUACUUCUGA